CAAGCUCUCCAAGCUCCACUCUCUUCCCGUCAUAUCAUAGCUCCUCUAACUUAGUUCCUCUCCAACAUGGGAAACUCAGAGUUCGUCUAUUCCGGGAGUGACAUGGACGCGCAGCUCCUCUUUUCUUGCAUGUGUCCCCUCAUCGAGUUACUCUUUUCAUCAUCACAUCAGCGCUAUUCUCCGCUCUGUUCCCUCAAAGCUGUGGCUGCUUGUGAUGUGCUAUGCUGUGCUGUUUGAUGCGAGCGUCUUGUCUCGCCUCGUCCGCUCCCUGUCCAGUUUGGUAUGGUUUGGUUAUGGUCUCACCCCUCCCAUGGAUCUCAUACCUCACCUUAACAACCAGGUUCUCCUUGUCCUUGCCCGGGAGUUCCCCUCAUGCGGCGCCGACUUUCAAAUCAACUCCGCCAAAAAUGCCAUGGAUCUUUAAACUCGACUCCACCUCGUCCAACCUCCCCUCUCUCUCGCUCUCUCUUAUUCUCUUCUAUUCUCAUAUUACCGAGCUUCUUUCUCAUUCUCGAUCCUCUUUCUAGCUUAUAGACUAAACAAUCAACCAACUUUACGAAUAUAUACUCCUCCAUCCUGUAUACCGCGAAGCUUCAGCUUCAAUUUCAUCCAUCCUCGCGGCUGAAUAGAAAGACGGGAUAAUUCGUGUUUGACGGCAUGGAGGCGUUUAUGUACCAGUGAACGGUCGUUUCUGCUUGUUGAGGCAUCUCACAAGCUCUCCUCCGAGCAUCCAGCCUCCUCUCCUUCCGAUAUCAUCUCACGAGCAAGGAGUUGAACCAGUUUGGCCCAAUGGGCAAUGAACAAUCCGCCGAAUCCCCUCGCGGGCAUCGGAAACUAUCCAAGCCACCUCACUGCAGCCAGGCAUCUGCAGCUGGUCUGCCAUACACUGCUACUGCUGUGACACCCCAUCGUGAGCACUUCUCCAACUCGUAUCUGGUCGGAUCGCUGCCGCCUGCUCCCAAUAAGGCUUCUACAACGAGAAGAGUGGCGCCUGGGCUCGGUAUAGCCGUCCCAGCUGGUGACGCUUCCAGUCCUAUACAAUCCCCUACAUGUAGAGACCCCAUGCGCGAUUUGAAAUCGCGUACGCGGUCUAUCCAGUCAGAGCAGUCUCCUAUACUGCCAGCUUUCGUCAACAGCUCCAGGACCAGCUCUAUUGCUCAGGAUAGCGGCUACCGCACACUGACGCGCGCUGAUAGCAUGCCUGUUGCAGUACGGCGUGGCUCUGCAAGCUACGAUACGAGAGCUGCCGAGGCCAAGACGCUUCUCAGUGCAAAGGAGAAGCUCCCAAGCGAGCCCAUCAUCUCCAAAUCCAAUAAGCAUUCUGAUGAGACAAGUCAGGAUGCGACGGAUGAUACCAACAACGCCACCCAAUCUGCAGGUUCAUCCAUUAGCAGAACAAACUCAGACGUGUCUCUUUACAUGCCAAUGCGCCGCCGCUCGGUCGUUCAAACUCCAGGCAUAGCAACCAGGGCUCAUCAUUCCAACCCCCCAGUCUCAGCCAAGUCGAGUUUCCGCAAGAGUCUCCCAGCUACACCCUCUCAGUCCAGGCACAAUUCGAUAGAAUCUGGCAUGGCGAGACGCAUGUCAAUGCCUACGACAAUCCCUUCCCAGGCGCAAUCCCUGGACCGAGCCGUAACGCCAGUCGAAGCUGACUAUAAACAGCUAGGUGGUAUGAAGUUUGGAUCCCUACGCAUCACAAACGGGGCCCCCGGAACUUCUCCAAUGCCCGAGGAUGACGUCAAACAGCAAGGGGCUUCUGAGUCGGCACUAGUAAUCCCUCGUGCGGAAUACUUUCAUGAGCAAGCCAAGAACCCACUCAGGUUGAUGAAUCAGAGCUCGAUCAUGACAGAGGCCAAUGAGCUAAUAACGGGUGAGAAAUCACUUACUGCUCGAGUCGCAAGCUGUGUUACCGAGUGUUCGAGCGAUGCAGAAAAAUCUAGAACAGGCGAUGGCGGAAUGUCUGGGAACGGGAAUGCUGUCUCAUUUCCGGUUGCUGAGGUUCUGGACGUAAGGGAAGAUCCAAAUGCAAAGCCCGACCCCAAGAAAACGCAACUUGGACUCGAAAACAAAAUGCUUAAAGGAUUGUCAAGAUCUGAUAGUGGCUUCAUUCCAAGUCCUUCGUCUGAGAAAACUCAUCGCUCCGCGUCUCGAGUCGACAGUGGUUACAGUUCCAAUGUCUCUCUCCGAUCAUUGCCCAGCCUGAGAUCCGGUGUCACGGACAAGAAUACAAUGGCCUCCGAAAAGCUUGACGUGGACAUGUCCGGGAUGUGUUCGCCCUCGGAUUCGAAUUCGACUCGUACUUCUUCCUCAGUACCUUCUCAGACACGUAACCGGCUGCCUAUCCACCUCGAGGUCCCGUUGUCGUCGACAGAUGAUGAUACCUCUUCGGCUUGUCUAGCAAGCCCCUCGAGUCCUGCUAGUCGUCCAUUCUCGUCAUUUAGUCGUGGUAGCCGCAUGCGUCUCUCUUCGUUGAAAUCAAACAAGAGUUUCGAGCCACGAGUGUCGAACACUGCGACAGCGCCAAUCGUCCUUUCUAAGGGAGACUUUCAGGAACAGCUACCUUCGCCAGCCGCAGACGUUAGUCGUGGUGGCAGUAAGAUAUACAGAUUCCUGAAUGGCUCCCGCAAGAAGGGAUCCCUAAAGAAAGGGGAAGUGGCUAUGAUCGAACAGGACGUCACCACCGAUCCUUUAGGACUCGAGACAGGCUCCAUACCUAAACCGCACCGACCUUCGCUUCGAAAGGAGCCGAGUAAGGACACUCUGCAUACUAUUAUGAGUGUUGGGAGCCAGGAUGCGCUUGGUAAUACAAGACGCGGGGAGGACGUAGCGCGAGGAGCCAAGAAGACCGUUGGCAAGAAGAUGUCUCGACGUCAAUCAUGGCGCCAAUCCAUUGCUCAGAUAUUUGGUUCUCGAAGCGCGGACGCUAGCCCUGCCUUGAGUUCCAAGCCUGAGCCCGAGCCCACACCAAGGCGCCCAUCAACCGCUAUGGAGCUUACUUCUCGUUCUUUUAAUGCAGCCCCCAGCCCUCGAGCUGUGAGCUCAUGGUCAUCCCGUCCAGCACCAAGAAAGGCUGCCAGUAGCUCUGGCAGCUUAGCUCUACAGACCCGGAAGGUGGUCAAUAAGUCGAGCAUACAGGAGAGCCGUGACAAACCCGAGCUAGCUCAUCUUCGUACGAAUGUUUCCGCACCUAACUUGUCAGCGAACCAUCGAUCAUCCCUGAGUCCAUCUGCGCUUGAGAUGGAUCAGACGCUGCGAACAAAGACUUCACCACCGGUGAGUAUGCAGAAUCGAGGCAGUAAGCCUCCCAGAGCAAAGUCACAGGCGCAAAAUCGAGCUAUGGCACCUUCAUUCCCUAUUAACUCCCGUCCGAGCGCUAGUCGUCGACUCUCGUUACCCCAAGAUUAUGGUCGAAUGACACCACACAGCCGUCAGAUCUCACAUGGCCGUACUGAAUCACGCAGCUCCAGUCGAGGCAUGGGCAUGAGUCCUACCGCGGGUUUAAGCUCCCAGCAAGUCAAUGCUGUUCAACACUCCAGAGUUUUGUCCUACUCGAGUAAUGGUACGCAACAGAGUGGUCCUGCUGCCCAACAAGUCAAGCAUCACCGGCGAGUAUCAGCACCAGCGCAGCCGCGCCAAAUUGCCAACAUGCCGCGCUCUCGGAGCAACACUACACUUAUACAGAUACAGCAACAGCAGAUGCAUCAGCAACACCAACAACGACGACCUCAAACAUCUGUCCAAUCAUGGGCUCCGAUGGAUAUGCACAGCCUCAAUCAGCAACUGCAGCAGAACUACAUGAUGCAGAAUCAAGCGCUUGUCUAUGGUGCACCGAACAUGGUUCAACAAUACCCAAACAUCUACGUUACAAGCCCAGUCCCAAAUCAUCCUGUUCAUGGUAGACAGAGUUCCCAGGGUGGGAUGUACGUUCAAGAUCCCCCUUUUCGGGUCCUCCACAGCUAUAACUCCCCAGCAUAUCGAAACGUUCCUAUAUGGAGCCAGUAGCUCAGAGCCUCAACAGUUGGCUCGCCUAGUUCUUUGAUUUCAUCGAGAUACCAUAUAUGAUGAAAAUGGUUUACAAUUUCAUUGACUCUUUUACUGCUCGGCGUUUUCGGGUAAAGGCAGCCUUUCCUUGGUACUGGAAUUGGCCCACAGCGUCCACACGCAUUCCUUCGUUCAUUCAUUCAAUCAAUCACACACUGUCUUUCAUUCUAAGAAAUUGCAUGUACAUUUUUACGACCACGUGGAAAGUGUUAUCAGACAUGACAGCUACAUACUCCAGUGCUGAGCUUGUGUUAAUUUUAGUAGUUCGUUGUUGACAAGCAUGGUCUUUUAGGCGAUGUAUGAUUCAAUAUGCUAGCUUUACUAGCUCACAGCAUAUCGUGCACUCGUACAGGGAGAAGUGUCGAUAGGAAGUGCAAUUCUCAUAGUGCAAUGCUUUUUAAUGACUUGGUGUCUCCGCUUCUCCGUUGAAACCAUUUGACUAUCGUGUGUAUGAACUAGUCCGGAUAACCUCAUGGCAGACGGCAGACUGAGCUGGUUCGCUCCUCCUACGCUUGCUCUAGUGCUUGCUUAGCCCUGCUUCUUUUGGGUAUGAUUAUGGAAGGCUACGGCUACGAGAAAGGGGUAGGAGAAAGGGAUUAGUUGGACUGAUAUUAAGCAUCCCCAUGAUUCCCGACACAGCCUCACACAGAUCGACAAAAGAUCUAGCUAGAGUGACGUAACAUCAAAGACACGUUACUGCCCGACUCUCAAUAUGAAACAAAUCAACAGACGAGACCACGAGAAAGGAUCUGAGUGGUUGAUGAGACUUGUUUAUAGGAAGCGAGGUUGGCGAUACAGUAUUUGCGCUGGUCUGACUAUCAACAAAGCGUGACUACAUAGUAAAAGUCCUUCACACCACCAUAAGCAAGGAGGAAUUUGGUGACAGGUCACACCUCCACAUGGAACCAUGAAGGGCCACGGGGGCAGAGGCCUUAGGAACACUACCACGCCUCUCAGACAGUUGUCGUUUUAGUACGCGGGGAUAGAUGGAGGUCUAGCAUGAUGCUGUAAAUUAAGAACAAGAGAUAACCUUGACAACAUGUCGUAGAAGGUGGAUUCUCAUGGCUAUAAGAUCUUCUGGGGAGCAAUAGCAUGACGACAAUGGAGACGGAUGAGAAGACCAAGAACGAAAGAAUAGCUAGAAUAGGUAGAUAUCUUCCUUAAGGUAUGAUUGGCGAUCCGAGAAGACGGGGAGUUUUUGGUAUGGCGUUCCGGGGGGAUCAGGUUCUUGGUGGGUCGAUGCUAUUUUUGAAUGGAUACGUAUCUUUUUAGGGGACAUGCAUCCAUGCAUGAUGCCCGUUUCCCCAUCGGACGACGCCAGCCUCCCAUUUAUUCCUUCAUCUUUGAUCCCCCAGACAAUGAUAGAGUGGAUAAUCACUUGAUGAAAAUAAUAAUUUCGUUGACAAGACCCUGACGAUGAGCUAUGUCAUAAUAAUGGGCCUGGGCCUGGAGGUAGCCGUUUGUUCAUGGCGUCUACUGACAUGUGUGUGUCUCCAUGUGAGCAGUUGAGUGCAGAAGGGUGAUGACGACGACUCCUAGAGGGCUGACAGGGGUGGGAGACCCAUUCGAGAUGGAUGUUAUAGCCAGUUUGAUUUGAAAGCAGUGAAGCAUACGGAGUAUAGCUGAGUAGAUUAUGGUGAGAAACACAACGCUUUAUGAAGGAAAACGGAUAAAAAAGGACGUCAAGCUACCAAUUUGGAGGAGUCGGGAAUGUCUCAUUCAUCAUGUCGUCGGUAAAUACCCAACUCGGGUCUCCUGUCAGGAACAACUGGGCACAAACAAUUCUUGUGUAUCAUUCAGGGGACCGUGCAGAAACAGAAACAAUAGAUCGCCCCAAAAACUGGCAUAGACACGCUCGUAGUCGAAUCGGUUAGUGACAUCUACCGAGACGAAACGCU